UUUGUAUUUUAUUUGCAACUUCCUUGUCCAUGGACACUGCUGUUGACAUCAUCAAACACGUCAUUGCCGAGGCCAAUGCCGACCUACGCGAAAUCUCGCUGUCUAUUCACGCAAAUCCAGAGCUUAGCUUCAAGGAAUUCCACGCCCACAAGCUCCUGACAGAGUUCCUCGAGAAUCGCGGCUACACCGUCGAGCGCACCGUGGCUGGCCUCGAGACAGCCUUUGUAGCCACAUAUGUCUCGCCAGCUGGUCCUGACGGCUUGCAUCUCGGAUUCUGCUCCGAAUACGACGCGCUUCCCGAGAUCGGCCAUGCCUGUGGCCACAACCUGAUUGCCAUCUCUGGUGUCGCCAGCUUCAUGGCACUCACUGCAGCUAUCGACGAACUGAAAAUCGCAGGCACUGUGAAGCUGUUUGGCACGCCAGCUGAGGAAGGCGGAGGCGGCAAGAUCUUUAUGCACAAGGCGGGCGUCUUUGACGGCACGGAUGCCUUGCUGAUGCUGCACCCGGGCGGUGGGUUCGACAUGGGCGGGUAUUCAGGCGCCUGGCACUCACAUGCAAUUCAGUCGCUCAACAUCGAGUACUUUGGCAAGUCGUCGCACUCGGCUCUCGCGCCCUGGAUGGGAGUCAAUGCUGGCAGCGCAGCUGUCAUUGCCAUGAACGCACUUGGCGUAAUGCGCGAGCAACUGCACCCGACGUGGCGCGUCCAUGCAAUCAUCGAGAGCGGAGGAAAGGCGAAUAACGUCGUCCCAGACUAUGCCAAAAUCUCAUGUGGAUUCAGGGCCUUCACUGGCGCCGAACUGGAGACAUUGCGGGGUAUGAUGCUCAAGGUGUUUGAGGCUGGUGCUAUCGCCACCGGAUGCACACACAAGAUUACGAUGGACCACGAGUUACUCGACAACAUCGACAAUCCUGUGCUAGGAGGCUACUACGAGGAACUGAUGCAGGCCAAGUACAAGGUGCCGCCGUUCCACGAAGAUGUCGGUGGAUCCACUGACUUUGGCAAUCUGUCGCACGAUUUCAUUUCGUUGCACGGAAUCUUUCCACUAGUUGGUGUCAAGGCACCGCCGCAUAGUGCACCGUUUGCAGAUGCAGCCAAGACCGAGAGCGCUCAUGAGAACGCGCUGUUUGCUGCCGAAACCAAUGCCCGUACAGCCCUUCGAUGCUUGCUCGAUCCCGAGUUCUGGGCUGCUGCCCAAAAGAGCUUCAAGGAGCGCAAGCCGCCUGGUUCACCCACCGUGUAAAGACCGAUUAUAUACGUUUGGU